CUACAGAACCAGCGAUCGGGAAGAGUUUCCUUGCCCUGUAGAUCGCACAGCAUAGCACCGCACCGCACCGCACACCGCAUCCACCAUGACGACCCCUUCGACGCGAGCGGCACCGAUGGAGUUGGAAAGUAUCCACGCCGAUUGCAACAGCAAGGAUGCCGGGAGCCUUCUCCGCACCGGCGCAAAACGAAUCCGCGGCGGCGGCGGUGUCUACAACCCGUACACCGCCAAGAAAAAGACCAAGCCCAGCAGCAGCGGCGGAAGCGGUUCGAACCCGUAUUCGAAUCCCAACAAAACGAGCCAAGGCGCUUCGGGCGGUGGCGACCACGAGGAGGACCUCAUCGACGAUUACUACCACGAAGAGCACGAGCACGAGCACGAGCACGAGCACGAGGACGCCCUCCCGGAAGACGAACCGCACGAACCGAUGGAGCCCAACCCCGCCGAGGACGGGCCCACCACCGCCGCCCUCCCUUUCUUUUCGGACGUSACCGAGGCCACCUUCCAGCGCUGGCAGCGGCCCCCGAACGACUGCAGGGACAACUCGAGGGACCUCUCGCUCCAGUGGCUCGACAUGGACAUGAUCGGCGGCACGGCCCUCCGCGAGAACCCGAGCGAGCUCGAGCCGGGCCGCCGGGUGGUCGGGGCGGCGGAGGGGCAGGUCCCGAUCAUCCGCGCCUUUGGGGUCACCGAGGCGGGAAACUCGGCCACGGUCUUCGUCCACGGCUUUACGCCCUACGGGUACUUUGCCCUGCCGCAGGGGUCCUCCUUUGACCACACGGAGGAGAACCUCGCCAGGAUCCGUCUCUACCUCAACAGCCGGCUCGAGGGGCAGGCCCGGGGCGGCAAGCUCCACGAGUACUGCUUCGCCGUCAGCUACGAGACGGGCUACAAGUCCAUCAUGGGCUACGAGUCGCCCCACACGCACUUUUUCAGGGUCGUGGUGGCCAUGCCGACCCUGAUUCCGACCCUCAAGCGGAUCAUGGAGGACGGGGUGGACCUGCCGGGGGUGGAAACGCCGGAGGGAAACGAGUAUUCCGCCUUUGAGUGCAACGUGCCCUUUGUGCUGAGGUACAUGAUCGACCACGAGAUUUCCGGGGCCGGGUGGAUCACCCUCCCGAAAAAGACCUACCAGCUCCGGGAUCCGUCGCGCCGGAAGACCAACAGCCAGGUGCGUGCCGUAGUGUGCCGUAGYGUGCCGUAGCGUGCCUCGCGACACGACGCCAUGCGAUGUCUUGCGACGGUGUUGUUUGCCGAAGUCUUGUGUUUCGUUUGCCGCGAUUCUAACSCCCUUGCCGUUUUGAUCUUGUCUSCAGGUCGAGGUAGACAUCACGUACCGCGACAUUAUCUCGCGGAAACCGGAGGGGGAAUGGAACAAGAUCGCUCCCCUCCGGACGCUGUCCUUUGACAUCGAGUGCCAGGGCCGAAAGGGGUACUUUCCGGAGGCGGAGAAGGAUCCGGUCAUCCAGAUUGCCAACGCGGUGACGGUAUACGGAGAGAAAACCCCCAUGGUGCAAAACGUCUUCACCCUCAAGGGCUGCCUGCCGAUCGUCGGAGCCCAGGUCAUCUCCAGCGACAACGAGGUGGACAUGCUCAUGAAGUGGAGGGCCUUUCUGGAGGCCUGCGACCCGGACGUUAUCACGGGGUACAACGUCCAGAACUUCGACAUUCCCUACCUCCUGGACCGCGCCGAAACCCUCGGCAAGGGAAAGUACGGGAACCAAACCAUCAAGGGAUUUGCGCAGUGGGGGCGCAUCCUCAACUCCAAGGCGAAGAUGAAGGAGACCACCUUUCAGAGUGCCGCGUACGGAAAGCGAAACAACAUCGAGACGACCAUCGAGGGCCGGGUCAUCUUCGACAUGCUUCCCUACAUGCAGCGCAACCACAAGCUGUCGUCCUACUCGCUCAACAGCGUUUGCGCGGAAUUCCUCGGACAGCAAAAGGAGGACGUCCACCACAGCAUCAUUUCGGACCUCCAGAACGGGAGCGACGAGGACCGCCACCGGCUGGCGGUCUACUGCCUCAAGGAUGCGGUGCUCCCGCAGCGCCUCAUGGACAAGCUCAGCGUCAUGGUCAACUACGUGGAAAUGGCCAGGGUCACGGGGGUCCCCAUGAGCUUUCUGAUUUCGCGCGGGCAGCAGAUCAAGGUCCUUUCCAUGAUUCUGCGCAAGUGCCGCAACGAGAAACUCCUCGUCCCGACCCUCAAGAAGGGCGGGUUCAACCCCGACGACGCCAACUACGAGGGCGCGACGGUCCUGGACCCCAUCAAGAACUACUACCAGGUUCCGAUUGCGACGCUCGAUUUCGCCUCGCUGUACCCGUCGAUCAUGCAGGCCUACAACCUGUGCUACUCGACGCUCAUCGGUCCGAAGGAAGUGCACAGGUACGACCCCGAGAUCUACAAGAAGAGCGCCAACGGCCACGUCUUUGUGCAUUCCACGGUCAAGAAGGGGAUCCUGCCCACCAUUCURUCCGAGCUGCUGGCGGCCCGGAAACGUGCCAAGAAGGACAUGAAGAACGCUCCCACCGAAUUCGAGCGGGCGGUGCAAAACGGUCGCCAGGUGCGUUGCGUUGCGUCGAGUCGCGUCGCGUCGGUUUUGUUUUGUUUUGUUUUUUGGGGUUGCGGUUGCGGUUGUGUUUUUGUUUGCCCCGAUUAGCGAGAUUGCAGUGCUGGAACCGAACGACUCACGUACGGCUUUUUUUCAUCCUUGGACGGUUGUCUUUGUCAUGGUAUUUUUCUUCUUUGUGAGUAGCUCGCUCUCAAGAUCUCGGCAAACUCGGUGUACGGGUUUACUGGAGCUACCGUGGGGCAGCUGCCGUGUGUCCCAAUUGCGUCCUCUACAACGUCUUAUGGACGAGAGCUGCUCGAAAAGACGAAGGAGUACGUCGAAAAGAACUAUACCGUUGCGAACGGAUACAAGCACGACGCCCAGGUCGUGUACGGAGAUACCGACUCUGUCAUGGUAAAAUUCGGCACGAAAACCGUMGAGGAAACCUUCCCACUGGCGAUCGAGGCGGCCGAAAAGUGUUCCAAGAUUUUUCCCAGCCCCAUUCUGUUGGAGUUCGAAAAGGUGUACUUUCCGUACCUGCUCAUGAACAAAAAACGCUACGCCGGUCUGAUGUACACGCGGCCCGACAAGUACGACAAGAUGGAUCAAAAGGGUCUCGAGACCGUCCGCCGCGACAAUUGUGCCCUGGUGCGCGACGUCAUUCAGACAUCGCUGGACAAGAUUCUGAUCGAGCAGGACGUGGAAGGGGCGAUUGGUUACGUCAAGAAACAGAUUAGUGAUUUGCUGCAAAACAAGAUGGACAUUUCUCGCCUGGUCAUCACGAAAAGCCUCAACAAGGGUGCGGAGUACGCACUCGGGAUAGGCGGAAAGAAGGAGGACUACAAGGUGAAGCAGGCGCACGUCGAACUCGCCGCCAGGAUGAAAAAACGCGAUGCGGGGUCGGCACCGCAGAUGGGCGACCGUGUCCCGUACGUCAUCAUCACGGGUGCGAAGGGAGCAUCCACGUACGAACGAGGGGAAGAUCCGAUUUAUGUCCUCGAGAACGGUUUGGCCAUUGACUGCAAGUGGUAUCUCUCGAACCAGCUUUCGAAGCCCCUGACAAGAAUCUUCGAACCGAUCAUCGAGGACGUAACAAAGUCUCUGCUCCAGGGUGAGCACACCAGAAAGAUCUUUAUUCCAACACCCGCUGCGCGGAAGGGAAGUUUGAUGAUGUUCGCGGUGAAGACCGCCAAAUGCAUUGGUUGCAAGGCGCCCGUGAAUUCGAAAAAUGGAUAUCUCUGCAAACAUUGCUCGCCCAGACAGGCUGAAAUAUAUUUGGAAAAGUUGGAGUGUCUCCGUGUUGCGGAGAAAUCAUACGAUGAGCUAUGGUCCACUGCGCAAAAAAUCCAUAACUCGUUCCAUUCCGAUAUCAUGUGCACCGGUGAUGGAUGCGCUUGUCAGUUCUAUCGAAGGAAGAAAGUCCAAGCUGACAUUCGUCUUGCCCAAGAGGUGCUGGACAAAUUCGGGCGAUAAUUCUGGACGACAUGCUCAGAAAAGAGCAGAAAAGAGAUGCUUUGAUAUUGAAAUUCAGCCCACUAAUGAAUUCUAGGGAGGACU